AUGGCAUUAUUUUCAAACUUAACUAGUAUGGGUCAACCAUCUUCAACAGUAAACAAUAAUAAUAAUGUAUUAAGUGGUGGUCAAACACAAGGAAUGAAUCAAAUGGUUUCACAAGAGAUGGUCAAAGGUGAAGGUGUCUUUGCAAAUAAUCCUUUUAUGAAUAUGGUUAAUAAAUCUACUAGUUCAUUGUUAUCUAUGGCUGUAAAGAACCUACCAGAUUUCGAGAAAAGAAAUAACAAAACUCUAAAUAAACUUAGUAUUAACAAAGAUCCAAUAACAUUACUAAAUAAGAUUAAAAAGAAUAUUGCUACAGAACAUCAGAUAAUUAGUGUAUUGAAAUGUAUAACAGGUAACUAUGAGGACAUAUACAUCCACGAGCAAGUGAUAAGUGAAGAUACCCAAAGCACCACUAUCGCCAACCAGGAGGUCUGCAUGAAGACUGGCAAUAACAAUACCAUGGUAGGAAGUCUCUUAGGAUCAAUAUAUUUCAAAGGAAAUGAUAGUUCCGAACCUACAUUAAGAAAUUAUAGUGAUCAGUUCUCAAUAGUUAAAAAUCAAAGAAUUUGUAGAGCAAGCCAUAUUUAUUCACCAUAUGAACUAAUCUCACGUAGUUCUCAUAACAUAUUUCUAUUGAUAGGUCUCAACAUAAAAUUACCAAAGAACUCUAGCUACUUUCAAAACUCUUUAAGAUAUGUUUUAACUAGUUUUGAAAAUAAUCAUGAAUAUUCCUACUCGCUUUAUAAAAGGAAUCUAAUAAAGACUAUUUAA